AUGCUGACAGCGAUGAAGCUAGCAACACCUUGCGCAUCUCGGGUCAAGCGCUACUGCAAAAGUUGUGCUUUGGGCGCGGGAAUGGCGACGCGAGACGCCCAAAGUGGCGCAAAGCUGGGAUGCAGGCCACUCAGACUUGCAUGGCUAGGUCUAGCGAUUCUCUUGGGCUUCCCUGCUAGCUCUUCGACGUUUACUGAAGUCUCAGCUGCCGCGGAUGGGCGGCGAAAGAUGGCGCUGCGAUGGUUCGCAAUGGAUUUUGCCAUGGCUUUUGCUGCGGGAGAGCUACCUGCGGCAGCGGAGGGCGAGAAUGUCGAUCUGGGAUACGAGAAGAUGGAUCGGCUAAAAGGCUCGCUGGCCAAGAAGCGAGUGAAAAUGCCGGAUUUCACUUCGCUCCCCAGCGGCUUGCAGAUCAAAGAUGCAGAUCCGGGACGAGCUGGGACGUCAGAGGCCAAAGAAGGCGACUAUGUGGUUUUCACAUGGGAGGGCUACACUAUCAAUUACUUCGGACGACCAUUUGAAACACGGACCUUACAAAAGAUGUCUGGCAUCGACCCUGAUCCUUUUCGCUUCCGAGUGGGUGACGGCACUGUCAUCAAAGGGAUCGAUGAGGGCGUCCGGGGUAUGCACGAAGGUGGAAUUCGGCAGCUGAUUGUCCCCGUGGAGAUGAGCUAUGACGAGGAGCAUAAGCUGGCACCGAGGCCGACGACAGACGGUGGUAAUCGAGCCCUUGACUUCGUGAUGGACAAUAAGGGCGGCCUUAUGGACAAGACUCUGCUCAUUAACAUCGCAGUGAAGAGAAUCUACCAGAAGUGA